AACGUGUCCACAACACUGCCGUAAAGCGGCCUGAACUGUCGUUCGACCGGGCAGACUUUUGGAUCCGGGAACCGUUUUUCUGCGGUCCAUUCCCCGACGGCGGAGCUGCUCAGGCCGUGACUGCAGCGGCAUGGGGGCCUUUGAACGGACCGUUCUGGUAACGGGGGGCUCCGGGUUCAUCGGCUCUCACCUGGUCUGCUCUCUGGUGUGUGAACAUCCAGACUGGAGGAUCAUCAACCUGGACCAGCUGGAUUCCUGCUGCAGCCCCCGGAGCCUGCGCAGCGUGGAGGACAGGAGGAACUACACCUUUGUCCAGGGAGACGUGUGCGACCCCUCCCUGCUGGACCGCCUCUUCAGCGCCCACCGCAUCGACGUAGUCUUUCACCUGGCGGCCAGAACGCACGUGGAGGCCUCCUUCCAGAACCCGGCCAGCUUCCAGCGGGUCAACGUGGAGGGAACCAGAACCUUACUGAGGGCCGCCCAGAUGGCCCAACACCGGCCACAGCGGUUCCUGUACAUCAGCACGGAUGAGGUGUACGGAGCCGGCGCCGACCGGGCGUUUGAUGAGCGCAGUCCGCUGAGGCCCGCCAACCCGUACGCCGUCAGUAAGGCGGCUGCAGAGAACCUGGUCAGGUUCUACUGGGACCGGUACCAGCUGCCCGUCAUCAUAACCAGGAGCAACAACAUCUACGGCCCCCGGCAGCACAGCGAGAAGGUCAUUCCCAGGUUCCUCAGCCUCCUCCAGCAGAACAACAAAUGCACCAUUCAGGGAACCGCCCCCAAAUCGCGCCACUUCCUGUUUGUGAGCGACGCCAUCGCCGCCUUCCUGCUGCUGCUGGAGAAAGGAGCCGUGGGCGAGGUCUACAACGUGGGUUCUAGCUGGGAGGUUCCCAUCCUGGGGCUGGCUCAGCAGCUGGUGAAAACGGUCAGGAACGUUCCGGACUCUGAGGUGGGCGAGUGGCUGGAGUUUGUGCCGGACAGGCCUCAGGUGGAGCUCCGGUACCCGAUCAGCAGUGAGAAGCUGCGGCGUCUGGGCUGGGGGGCGCAGGUGUCCUGGGCUGAGGGCAUCAGGCGGACAGUCCAGUGGUACCAGGACAACCCGGACUUCUGGGCAGACCAGCCGACGCAGGCCCCCCCCUCCUGAGGGCGCGGGUCCUCCUGCAGACUGACGUGGAGAACCGGUUCCUGUUGGACCAGAGGAUGAAACCGAACCGCCGCCGUUCGUCAGAAACCUUUUCAACAUUUGAAAUCCAGCUUCACUUCUGUGAAGUCAGCUGCCCCCCCCUCCAGAGUUUACAUCAUGAACAUUUUAUUUCUGAAGUUUUAGGCCGUCAAUAAAAGUCUGACUCCUCCAAA